AUGGGAUUCAUGUCAUGCCACCAGACUGGUUGCUCAGAUUAUGAUUCUCAUUCUCACUCUCACCACCUUCAAACAAACCUGCCAACACUAUAUUCACAGCCAAGCCUCCCAUCAGUACCUUCCCUCACCUCAAAACCCCGUCAUCACUACCAAGAAAUCAUAUCCACCAUCCACCAUCACUGCCUCACCACUUUUAAAGGACAUACCUCUUAUAUAUCCUCACUAACCCUUGCAGGAAAGUUCCUUUACAGUGGCUCUGACAAAGAAAUCAGACUGUGGAAGCGAAACUCUUUCGACUCUGAAGUAGAUCAUGAAAACCUAAGCAGCAACGUAGUGGCUUUGGGAAAAGGUGCAGUGAAGUCCCUGGUAGUUUUGGCAGAUAAACUCUUUAGUGCUCAUCAAGAUCACAAAAUCCGAGUAUGGAAAAUCAAUAACCAGGAAUCUGGGCACCAGAAGUACACACGUUUGGCCACUUUACCAACACUUGGUGACCGUGCCUUUAAAAGUCUGUUGCCAAAGAAUCAAGUUCAGAUUCGAAGGCACAAAACAUGCACAUGGGUUCAUCAUGUUGACACAGUAUCUGCACUUGCCUUGUCGAGUGAUGAGUCCCUUCUGUACUCCGUUUCAUGGGAUCGGACACUUAAAAUAUGGAGAACGAAUGACUUCAAGUGUUUGGAAUCGGUAGCCAAUGCACAUGAUGAUGCUAUAAACGCGAUGGCAUUGUCGAAUGACGGGAAUGUUUAUACCGGAUCAGCCGACAAGAAAAUCAAGGUGUGGAGGAAAAGUUCAGAAGAGAACAAACAUUCCCUGGUUGCUACACUAGAAAAACACAACUCUGGGGUUAAUGCCUUGGCACUAAGCACUGAUGGGUCUGUUUUAUACUCCGGUGCAUGUGACCGGUCAAUCGUAGUAUGGGAGAAGGAUGAUGGUGGCGAUAUGGUGGUUGUGGGAGCCCUUAGGGGCCAUACACAGUCCAUAUUGUGCUUACAUGUUGUGUCUGAUUUGGUGUUUAGUGGUUCUGCAGAUAAAACUGUUAGAAUUUGGAGAGGUGUUGACGGAAAUUACUCUUGCUUGGCAGUUCUGGAAGGGCACAGAGGCCCUGUCAAGUGCUUGACAGCAUCGAUGGACCGUUACAACACAUCUGAUGCAUCGUAUGUUCUUUGCACUGGGAGUUUAGACUGUGAUAUCAAAGUGUGGCAAAUCGAUGUCCCUAUUCUAUAG